AAAUUUAUAUGAAUAACUUACCUAUUUUACCCUGAUAACAAUUAAGUAUUAGGCGUAUUAAAAUUUCUCGUUAUAGGAAUAACAUCUCCAUAUCGCUGGCAGUUGCCUGCGUCUUAUCAUUAAAUAGUAUUAUGUUCUAUCACACUAGGUUCAUUUGAAACUUCCAAGAAGAUUGUGUUAACAUUAAAUGUCUUUGUGUUUGAGAGUUUAAAAAAAGAACAGAAUGUCUUUAAUAGCUGGAGUAGGAGAUGAAGUGAUACAGUUUAUGAUAACUGUAAUGGUGAUUGUUAUUGCAUCAUUGGCAUGGUGGUCUACAAACUCUCGACCUGAUAGGUACAGGACAGUAUUAUUAAUGAGAUCUCGCGUUACUCAUCCUGUAACUGUGAGCAUAAGAACUAGACCUCCUUUAUCCCGGACAAGAUCACAUACUCAUAUUACACCUUUUGCAUCAGAACCAUUAACCACCACAUCAACAUCCAACAGUAGCGAUGGAAAUCAUAUGAUUCCCAUACAAGAAAUGGAUAGUAUUGUGGAUGCAGACAUGGCUAUGUUAGACAAUAAUCGGUUACAUUUUUAUAGAGUUGUUGAUGCGACACCAAGUACAUCACAAAUAGCAGUUGAGACCAAUGUCACAGAGACUGAGACACAUGUGGAUUUGGAGCCAGCCAGUGAGGCCCAAAUAAGAGAAAUGGAUAGUAUAGUCAGUGCUAUGGAAGAAGACGUACCCUUGCAACAUGAAAGAAACACCACAGAAGCUCCCACAACUAGUACAAGUAAAGAGCCAAUUCCAAAUACAAGUAGUCCUGUGGAGGAGGCUGAGGGCACUUCCUCUGAAAGUGUGGAGAAUGACCAGUCUAACAAGAUCUCGAUAAAGUUAAAAUAUCUCAAUGACACACUUAAAGAAGUUGAGGGUAGUCUGGAUGAGCUACUUAAAGAUUUUAAAGGACGUCACUUUGCUGCGGAGUUAUCUUCUGAGAGUCGUGUGCGUCUAAUAUUCAACGGGCGCGUGUUAGUGGACGAAGCGGCAACUUUACGCGCGUGUGGGUUGCACCAUCAAGCUGUCGUUCAUGCUUUGAUACAUCCUAAGCGGAAUACACCUCCACAGGCAAACCCAACUGAGCCAGCAACGACAGGCCACGCUGUGAUGUCGGAGGCUCCGGCUGCUGAACGAAGCUGGGACCUCGAGAAUAUCCUGAUGACAUUAGUCAGCGUAGCGGUUACGGUCGUGUGGUUCUUCAGGUGCGAAUACUCGAACAUGUUCACGGUGAGUGCCAGUGUCGCUUUAUUCGGGCUGACGGUGUUCUACAGUAUUGCCAUAUUCGGCCUUUAUCUUUCCGACACAUUCCACUUCGAGCGACGCCCGCAUCAGCUGCCUAACAAUUGAGGAGAAUGCUUAACUAGGUUUUCAUUGAAAGGGUUUGUAUAGCUUUUUAAUUUGGGCAAUUUUACUAUUUUUUUAAUUUAUGCUUUUUUUAUAAGAUGCUUUGCUAAUCAAAAUGUCUAGUACUUGAGAUUUUAAUAUUACCAAAUCUAAAGCCAAACAUUAACAUUAUUUACUUUUUUUAACUAUUCAGUCUUAAACUUUUGUAUAAGUAAUUUCGGUACAUUUAUGUUUGGGGCCCUACAAAUUUCGGCCUACUCUUUUCGGUUAUAUGUAUAUUGCAAAAUUAACAAAUUGUGUUAUAAUAUUUAGACAAACUGUACACGUGAAAUCUCUGUUAUUUGGUUUUAUUGACUGAUAGAUACUUACAGUCGUACGCGGUGUUUAGUGUAAUUAUCUUUGAUUAUAAUUUAAGCAGUGCAAUUCAUAUGAAAUCGAUUGCCUGAUUGCAUAACCUUGAUGAUUGCUUCCCAUUGGAUUUAGUUUUGUUAAUCCUUUAUGUAACUAACUGUAACUGACUUUGGUGGUGGUGGAUUGGUGGACAAUAUAUAGUUCUAAAUAAUCAAAGCGAUUAAAGGAUAAUUUUUAUAAGGCAAAUAUAGUGGAAUCUCGAUAUAACGAAGACGUAGAGCCCGCUUUAAUUUCGUCAUUAUAUCCGGAGGUACUUACAGGCAAAGGUAAAGAGAUACACAUAUUCGGAUUAGAAAUACAGUCGCUACUCAGAAUAUCACUUUGUAACUGAGGGUUCAAUUUAACUCCCAAAAGGAUACGCUUACCUCACUACUAAACAUAGCAUUCAAGGGAUUUCGAUUUAACGUCGCUAUAGUUAAAUGGUCGCCAAAAUCAAGCUCGUAAUAAAUGAAAUCCACAGUUGAGGGAUAUUUGGCCUCAAUAUAUUAUAAAUUUGUAUAUCAUAUCUUAAAUUCAUAGAAUUUAUAACAAAGCAAAUAGUGAUAGUACUUGUAAUGUGUGGCUUAGACAUUUAAUAAGGACAUUACAAAUUUCUUGUAGAAAUAUCGAAAAUAAAUAUUGUACAUAUAUUAUUAACAUUUUUGAGAUUUGAAAUGUUUUGUGUGAGACAAUAGUUUUGUUGUAAAUUCUUUGGCUUUUUAUUAAGGCUUAGAGGUGCGGGAAUUACUUUGUUUUCAGUCUAAUAGUUAAAUUUAUUCUAGAAAUUGUAAAUUUAUAAUCUUAAUACAUCCCUAUAUUUUAUAUGUGGCGUUUCCAAAUGUAACAUUAUAUAACUUUAUUUUUUUCUGGAAUUAUGUCAUAGUUUUAUUAUUUAGUACAUAAUUUUUAUGUAAUUUAUUUCGUGUUUAAUUUGUAUAACGCAUAAUUUUUACCAACCUUAUUUUAUGAGUCAGUAGAUAGAUCAGUGUUAUUGAGAUUUUUUACUUUAUAAUUGUAGAUUUUUCGUAGUUUUUAACUAUAAAGUCUGAUUAUAGCGUGGGUAAAAUUAUAUCAGCGAUAAACUAAUAUAUGUACAUUUACUGGGCCCAUUAUAUAGAGUUGGUGGACGUCAAUUUUGCUCGAUUCACUACCAUUGUAAUUAAUUAUUUUGCACCGAAUAUUAAAUUGCGGUUAUUGUAUGUACUAUUUUAACAUAAGAUGUAAAUAUUUUAUUAAUUACCUUUUCAUUUCGGCGAUCGUUAAAGGCCGUCCAAAAGUAACAACAUUGCGAUGGUCUUAAUUUGUAAAUAUUUCAUAAGUUCUUGUACCUUACUUUCUCACUAAUAUACGGAAUUUUGUAUAAUUUAUCACCAUUUUAUGAGUUUCUCACGACUAUCAGCAUGUAUUGUUAUUUAAUUGUAAGAUAAAAGAAUCUAAGG